AUGGGGAAUGGUCGUCGGAGUUGCCUUUGGUGUAGAUUGAUAAUUCCAGUGUGGUGGAGAUGGUUCCAAAUUCAUUGCCAAAAGUUAAUGGAUCUUAAAUUGAUAAGUUGGAAUACUCGAGGGAUGAAUGCCUAUGAUAAAAUGGUGGCUCUAAAAAAUUUGGUGUUGGAUCAGAAGUGUGAUGUGUGUAUGGUGCAGGAGACAAAGAUAAUGAAAAUGAACCAAUUAAUGGAUAGGCAGAUAUGGUAUGAUACUGAGUUUGAUUGGGAUUAUAUGCCAUCAACUGGUACUUGUGGUAGCAGUGGUGGUCGUCUUACUAUCUGGAAUAGGAACAAGUUGUUGAAAGAAGAUGGAAGAAUGAGAGAUGUUAAUGCAGUCAGAUGUGAUGAGGAGAGAAAUAUAGUAGAAGGUGAUAGUAGGAACAAGGAUUUUCAUAAUAAUUUCAUUAAUAUCCAUGAAUUAGUAGAUUUUCCAUUGUCGGGUGGAGCCUAUACUUGGUCCGAUAUGCAGGAUUUUUUGAAAAAGGUUGAGGAAUGGUGGGGAAUAAUGAAGUUUCAAGGAAUUCCUAGUUUUGUUUUCUUUAAGAAACUUCAGAAUUUGAAGUACUUCUUGAAGAACUGGAGUAGGGAGGAAUUCAGUGGUGUUAAGAAGGAGAAGGCAGAGUUGACUGAGAAGAUUGGUUGCUUGGAUUAG